AUGCCCAUUCCCCCACCCCCAAUCAUAAACCAGCCUCCACAGAUCUUUGGCGGUUACACCGAGCAUGGCAUCCCGAUUCCGCCGCAGCUGCCGCCUGAUCUAAUGGCGGCUCAGAUGUUUGGGGAUCCGGGCUUACUUGAGGACACCACAGAAGCGAAGCGAAGGAGAAUUUCGAGGAACUACAAGACCGAGUGUGUCUUCACUCAGGUUGAGAAGAAGCGGGCCCCUCCCAAGGGAGCCAAAUAUAUAGAGGGGCUCGAAAACCGGCUCGGCCGGAUGGAGCAUUUGUUGCGGUUAUCAGGAUUGCUGAGUGAUGAUGAUAACGGUGCGACCGAUCUUGGGGCCUUGGAGAAGAAGCUUGUAGAGAAGCAGCAGUCAAGACAGGCCUCUCAGACUGCGUCCAAUCCUACUUCUCCUUCCCAAACAGCAACAGGCCAGGAUGGGAAUGCUUCGACUCCCCAGAGCUCAUUAGCCUCUCCCGAGCCUGGCAAAGAUGGCGAGAAAGGGAAGUCUAGCAGCCCGGGCAAGGAAAAUGGCGAGGAAGAGCAGGAAGAAGUUGAGGAACUGUCAGAAAUGAUGUGCUCACUUGUCACAAACAACUAUGGUGAAACUCGAUAUAUUGGCUCGUCAUCCGGGUUCUCCAUCUUCUCGCCAAAGGGGAUACAAUGGGUCAACGAAAAGAUGGGCGACACCUCCUUCCAGCAGAUGAUAUCAGACGUCUCGAUGGACGAUCACAAAUGGGCAGCAUGGAAGCCUGACGUCUUUGGCGACCUGUUUCGUCGUACUAUCUUCCGCGAACUUCCCCCAAAGCCAGAGGCUUUGUCCUUGUUGAAGGACUACUUUGAAAACUUCAACUGCAUCUUCCCGCUGUUUCACCAACCGACGUUCAUGCAUUUGGUAGAGAGACAGUACUCAAGUGACCCCUAUACCGGGUCUGGUUGGUGGGCCAGCUUAAAUGUGGCUCUAGCUAUUGCACACCGGCUGCGGAUCAUGAGUAACCUGGUCCCUAAGGAGGAAGAAGACAAGGCUUGGGAUUACAUGAAGAACGCCAUGGCCACUUUCCCAGAGUUGAUAAUGCGCAAUACUGAUCUUCUUAGCGUCCAAGCCAUUCUAGGCAUGGCUCUCUUCAUGCAAGGAACACCUAACCCUCAGCCUUCGUUUUUGCUCAUUGCUGCCGCCAUCCGUCUGUCACACACAAUCGGCCUGCAUAAGCGAGGAACAGGUUUCCAGCUAAAUCCGAUCGAGAUUGAGCAGCGCAAGAGGGUAUUUUGGAUCGCCUAUAUGCUCGACAAAGACUUGUGCCUGAGAUGUGGGCGACCACCGGCGCAAGACGAUGACGACAUGAACGUGGAGCUUCCCGACGCCGAUCCAGCUGAUGGCAUUGGUAAUAUCCCCUUGGCAGAUGGAAAGGGCAAGAUGAACUUAUUCCGAGUCAUGUGCGAGCUGGCCAUUGUCGAAAGCAAGGUCUAUAAACGGCUGUACUCGACCAAGGCGAGCAAGCAGUCAGAGGGGGAGUUAUUGAAAGCCAUCGGGGAGCUUGACAAGGAGCUCGAAGAUUGGAAAGACCGCAUCCCCAUCGAUUUCCGGCCAGAGCACGAGAUCAAGGCUUCCCAUACUCCGCUCAUCCUACAUAUUGUCAUGCUCCAUUUCAACUACUACAACUGCCUUUGCACGAUUCAUCGCAUGUCCAUUCAUCGCGGGUACUGGACCGACAGGCUCUCCAAUUUUGCUAUUCGGGGACUCAAUGCUCGACCGAUCAAUCCACGCAUCUUCUCGUCUGCAGCUCUUUGCACUUCAGCCGCAAGGGCGUCAAUAUCACUUCUCAAGUACAUACCGCCGGGUGAUGCUUCUUGCGUCUGGAUGGUGCUCUAUUUCCCCGUUACAGCCCUCGUAACACUGUUUGGAAAUAUCCUACAAAACCCUCUCGAUCCAAGGGCACGAUCAGAUACGAAGUUGAUGCAAGCUGUCGUCAACUUCUUAUCCAGCCUUGGUCCUGAAGCUGAAACAGGUGGUGUACACCGCAUGCUGGGCGUCUGCUCUGAAUUCGAGCGUAUCGCCAGGGUUGUAAUUGAAAAAGCAGAAAAGGAACACGCAUCACGGAGAAAGCGGAAGAAUCAGGAUCAACAACAGCCUUCGAAUCCGACAAUGACGACAACAUCCACGGUAACCGCAGCGACAACAGCGUCAACAACGGCACCUGCCACUACUUCCUCCACGAGCCAAUCGGUAUCCUUUAUCACUGACCCUUCGGCGCCGACAUCUCGCCCAACAUCCAGCUCAGCAACUCCUCGGCCAAGCCAGCUUACAUCGGCCACCAUCUGCACACAACAACCCCCACAACAACCACCGCAACAGCAAGCUUCGGCGGAUCAACGAGCAACAUCACAAGCGUCCAGUCCCAGGACAGCAGGUGCUAUGAGCCAGGACUCAUCGCCAACACCAGGCCCAACGACAGGUGGCUGGACCAGUGAAUUUGCAACGCCUCACGACACAACGGCGCAAUCUGACUACAAUAUAUACGCUGAUAUGGCAGCAUUCGAUGCACAAAUGGCUGGGUUGACAAGCAUCAUGGGUAGCCCUCCUUCUUUGGGACCUGGACAUGGAAGCGGCGGUGGUGGUCCCUCUCCUUCCGAUGGCUUGCCAGGCUCGGGCGGCGGUUUCUUCCAGCACCAACAGCCAAUGCUGCCGCAAGAUUUGUUUAGCUUGCCAAUGACUCUCGACUGGGAGUGGGCUGAGAUGAGUGGAGGCGCGUACCCUACCGUGGAGAAUGGGAACUUCGGUAGCUUGCCCGGAACGACGGAUAGUAUGGGAGGUCCUCCCCCUAUUACCGACCGGCUGAAUAUUCAUUCCGCCUUUACUCAGAGCAGAUGA